AUGCUGAGGGAUGAGUUCACAAUAUCUCAGCUGGCAAUUCCUGCCGUCAGCUUCUUGAUCAGCUUCCUUGCCUACACCUCCCAAUAUUUCUUUCUUCAUUUCGAGUCGGCACCCCUCCUCAAAGAUGAAGCGUGGAAGAUCAACAUAUUUGCGUCAUGCAUUUGGAUCUGCUACUUCCGUGCAUGUUUUGUAAACCCUGGGCGUCUUCCUUCAGGUUCGAAAUCGAGUGGCCUUGAUCAAGCCGAAAAAGACUCUGCCACAGGUCGACACCGGUGGUGCCGUAGAUGCGAAGCUUGCAAACCCCCUCGGGCUCAUCAUUGUAAGACAUGCAAGAGAUGCAUCCCCAAGAUGGAUCACCAUUGUCCUUGGACUUCCAACUGUGUAUCGCAUUUUACAUUCCCCCACUUUAUCCGCUUCCUGUUCUAUGCGGUUGUUGGCAUGGGCUACCUCGAGACCCUUCUUUGGGAACGUGGAUCAAUUGUUUGGAAAAGCAGGGAUCUCCCCAGUUACCUCGGCCCAUCGGUUGGACAGCUCAUUCAUCUUUUCCUCCUAUUCGUCGUGAAUAGCAUGACAGUUUUUGCCCUGUUUAUUCUCCUUGUGCGAAGCCUCUGGUCUCUUGUCUUCAACACCACCACCAUCGAAUCUUGGGAGAUUGAGAGACAUGAAACUCUUGUUCGUCGCGCGCGGGUCCUGGGCGGCUAUCUUGAAGGCCCCGGCGGGAAGAAAAUUCCAAUAAGAAAACAAGAAUUUCCCUAUGACAUUGGGAUCUGGUCGAAUAUCAAGAAUGGCAUGGGUGGGAGUGCUAACAUUAUUAGCUGGUUUUGGCCAUUGGCAGCAACGCCUGAUCGGAUGACUGGGUGGGAAUUUGAAAUAAAUGACUUUGAAGAUCCGGGUGUAUCAUGGCCUCCGCCAGACCCCGAUCGCAUUCCACUACCAGCUGUUUCAUUGGCAGCAGAAGAUGGAUCGGAAUUGCUUAAGACCUACUCCUCUGCCCGAGAGGAGGUUGAGGCAUUUCGUCGUCGCCAAGCGGAGGAUCUUGCCCGCACACGACCCUUUUCUGAAAUUCAGAGACGCAAGCGGUUCCACGAGCGGUACAAGCAGGAGGAUCGCCGAGACAGCGAUGAUGAGCGCGGACCGAGACCUAUAUAUGGCGAUCAAUCUGACGGCGGCGAGGAGUCUUGGCGAAAUGCCGAGGGCGAACGCCUGCAAGAUUUUGGUGUUGAUGAGGAAGCUGAAUUCUACGAUGAGGAUGAUGUCCCUCUGGGAGUUCUCUUGAAGCAGCGCAAUCAAGGCCAAUGA